AAAGGAAAACAUUUUCUAAAAGCUGAAUCAAUUCCAAGCAAGUACACUACAACCUGCUAACCGUAAAAACACGUACAUAAGCAUUUGGAAUAUUAUUAUUAUUACUAUUACUACUUGUUUGGAAGCAAACGACCGAAGUGAGUUUGGUCUGAGUUCAAGUUUAUUCAGUUUGGCAGUAUGGCCGGGAAUUGGCUACCGGCGGCAAAGCUAACCGGAAGUGGGCGGCCGGUGCUUGAACCAGGCGAAGUAGAGUGCAGCCUUCUCUCCUCCGCAGACCUCCUUUCUGAAGAAAACCCAAACUUCCCUCACCUUAAAUCGGGCCUCCUCAUUCUCACAACUCACCGUCUUAUUUGGGUACAAGAAUCAUCCACCACCUCCCCUCCUAUUGCCGUAUUCAUCCCUCUUUCAGGCGUCACUCACAUCUUCCCCCUCAAAAAAUCUAUCAAGUCAAUGUUUGCAAGCCCUAGAUUCCGAUUUCAGGCUUCACUUAAAGGGACGAUGGUUGUAAUUACUUUGAUUUUUAGGGGUAAAUCGGACAUUGAUUCGUUUUUAGAGAAGUUUUGGGAAGCAUGGAGAAGGAAAGGUUGGGAAGAUGGGGUAGUAAAAUCUGGGCCGGAGGCUUCGGGUUCGGGUCAUGUGUCGGGUGGUAAUGGAGGAUUUGCAGUGAGGAUGCCGGUUGUUGGUGUAGCUGGGAUAUUGAGGAAAGAGCAGGAGAUGUGGGAGAAUACUGAUAAGAGCUUGCAGGAUGCUUUUCAGGAUUUGAAUGCUCUCAUGGGUAAGGCUAAAGAAAUGGUGAUACUAGCUGAGAGAAUGAGAACAAAGCUUCUCUCUGGCUCAACUAGUCAGGCCACUGGCACAAAUGAUGAGGAAAUUGGCACCAAAGAAGAGAUGCAAGAAUUACUAUUAAGUGUUGGUAUUGUGUCUCCAGUUACUAAAGAAUCUGCUGGUGCUUUGUAUCAUCAACAAUUAUCUCGGCAGUUGGCAGAUUUUGUCAAAAUUCCACUGGAGAGAUCUGGAGGAAUGAUUAAUCUCAUUGACAUCUAUUGCCUUUUCAAUCGGGCUCGUGGAACAGAAUUGAUAUCACCCGACGAUUUGCUGCGUGCUUGUUCUCUCUGGGAGAAGUUUGACGUACCAGUUAUGCUUCGGAAGUUUGAUAGUGAUGUCAUGGUCAUCCAGAGCAAAAGCCACAGUGAUGAUGAGGUAUUUACUAGAAUAAGAUCUUUGGUUACCACACCGGACACUUUACGAGCAGGGAUCACUGCUAGUGAUGCUGCAAUGACUCUGGGAAUUGCUCCAGCUAUGGCCAAAGAGCACCUUCUUGCAGCCGAGGCCAAAGGACUUCUGUGUAGAGAUGUUAGUCCAGAUGGAUUCCGCUUUUUCGUCAAUUUGUUGCAAGAAAUUGAUGCUGAUGAUAUAUUCUUAGUGAAAGAAUAUGGAAUCUAUCAUACAUGGAUCAAAGCUAUCUCUGCUGCCAGGUGAAAUAGAAGCAGCAUGAUAAAGAACUUCAUGCAUCAGGAUGCUCUUUCAGGGCUAGUUUGCUGCUUUAGGUGCCUCGUGGAAAUUUAUUUACUGCAAAGCUUGAACGGGAGACUAAAAAUAGGAUGAAUAGUCCCCGUCCCCAUUUGAAGAGCCGGAAGGGGAGAUCACAAGGCUGGAGGUUUCCCUAGAUUUUGCUUGUUAGGAUACUCGUGGUGGAGGAAUUGAGUUGAAAUUACAUACUUCAGCAUGAUAAGGACAGAGAAAUCCACAUUAGGUGCAGGCAUUACAAGGUAAAGGCAAUAUAUCGUGGCACAUGAUUCUAGUUACCUUUCUGCAGAAAUAAAGAGUUGAUCUAGUCUGUAUUAUAGUUAUUUAAGCACAUUAGCAUUCCUUUUGUUUUGAGUUAUCAUUUUGUAUGCAAGGCACGAAGAUUCUUUUCUGUACAUUUGGUAAUCGAAAGCACAAUGAGUUCAUUGCAACCAACCAGAUCUCUAGUUGUGUGUGGCUCAUAUGCAGUUUAGCCGACGAAAUAUUCAAUA